AUGAUAAAGAGCUCCCUUACCGCGCUGAGAGUGACGUUGAGAACCCUCGCCACCCUGCUGAACGCGUCGCUGGCGCCGGCGACUCCGAAAAAGCGCCGCCCCACCAAGUUUACCGAUGCCCUCAACAAGGGCCCUUCCUUCGAAGACUUCGUUAUGGGUAAGGCUAAGGAUAUGGUGGUUGAUCCGUUGGAACAGGCGAGAGCUGAUCCCAACGCUAGACUUCCCAAAUGGCUCAAAGUGCCCAUCCCCAAGGGGAAACUGUACCACCAGGUGAAGAACGAUGUCCGCGAAUUAAAGUUGGCCACCGUGUGUGAAGAGGCCAAGUGCCCCAACAUUGGCGAGUGCUGGGGUGGUAAGAAGAGCGAGGCCACCGCGACCAUCAUGUUGUUGGGCGACACUUGUACCAGAGGGUGUCGUUUCUGCUCGGUGAAGACGAGUCGGGCCCCGGGGAAACCCGACCCGAUGGAACCGGAAAACACCGCCGAAGCCAUCAGCCGGUGGGGCUUGGGGUACGUGGUGCUUACCACUGUCGACAGAGACGACUUGGUCGACGGUGGUGCCCACCACUUGAAGGAAACCGUGGAGAAGAUCAAGCAGAAAGCGCCGCAAAUCCUCGUCGAAGUGCUCAGUGGUGACUUCAGAGGCGACUUGGACAUGGUGGAAGUGUUGGCGCUGCUGGGACUCGACGUCUACGCCCACAACUUGGAAACCGUCGAGGCUUUAACUCCUCACAUUCGUGACCGCAGAGCCACCUACCGCCAAUCGUUGGCCGUAUUGGAGCGCGCCAAACAAACGAAGCCGCUGCUUGUUACCAAGACGUCGUUGAUGCUUGGUUUUGGCGAAUCGGACGAACAAGUGUUGCAAACAUUGAAGGACUUGCGCGAGAUUAACUGCGAUGUGGUGACGUUUGGUCAGUACAUGCGCCCCACUAAGCGCCACAUGAAGGUGGUGGAGUACGUCACCCCUGAAAAGUUUGACUACUGGAGAGAUAAGGCAUUGGAGAUGGGCUUUUUGUACGUUGCCAGUGGACCCCUUGUGCGGUCGCUGUACAAGGCCGGGGAGGCGUUCAUCGAAAACGUCAUCCGCAAGCGGCGCCACAACGUCGGCGAGACCCCGAGAUUGGAGAGCACCAUCGCCCCGAAGAUCGAGGUGUAG